UGACGAGUGAAGACAUUCACCUACUUGUCAUAACCGCUGACUACUAUUUGUCUUUACAACUGUUGGGGGGUGAGUGAAUUAAGUGGGUUGGGGUGAGUGAGUUAUGAAAAUCAACAGUGAUACAGUCUUGGAGGGGAGAAAGAUAGUCUUGGUACCUUACAGAAAAGAACACGUUCCAAGAUAUCAUGACUGGAUGCAGUCACCAGAACUGUUGGAGCAAACCGCAUCUGAUAGACUGACCCUGGAUCAAGAAUAUGAAAUGCAACAGAGUUGGUUCUCAGAUGAAAACAAGUGUACGUUUAUCAUCUUGGACAAAAGCAAAUGGGUCCAACCAGAAGUUACAGAAAUAGAAUGCAUGGCUGGUGAUGUUAAUUUGUUCUUCAAUGACAGCCAGCAAGAAGUUGCUGAGAUAGAAAUUAUGAUAGCAGAACCGUCUUGUCGAAGGUGUGGCCUUGGAAGAGAAGCCCUAUUAAUCAUGAUGAGUUAUGGCGUCACCUUCCUAGGAAUACAGAAAUAUAUAGCGAAGAUUGGUUGCGGCAACGAACCGAGUUUAGCACUAUUCCGCAAAUUGGGUUUUGUGGAGAUUUCCGUCAGCGAGGUAUUCAAAGAGGUAACACUGGAGAGAUAUGUAACACAGAAUGUGCAAAGACAGCUAACUCAGGAAACUAGUCACAUUCUUCAUCACAAAUAUCCCUACAGACCCACACAGAACUCUGAAAACAACUUGUGAUCAAUGAAGGAAACUAUGGGAGUAUUCACCGAAGAUGUUUCGUCCACUUCGUCUUUUCAAGAGGACUGAUAGCUCGGCGAAAGAUCUUUGAGAUCCGACAUGGUCAACCAUCGCUGCACAUGCAGAGUCACAGAACUUCUGAAAUGUCUGAUAAAGGGACACGAUCUUUUCACACCUCGUUUUUAUCAUGUGACAGGCCGAAGUUCCGGAACAAAGAUUUCAGUAUUUAGAACGCUGAAGGAGUGUCUCAGUCGAAUGUUAUAACAGUCGCUAUUUAAGCGCUCAAGAAUACCUAUAGGUCAAAACUAUUUGGUCACGGAAAGAUAGGUACAUUGUCGUGUUGUCCAGUUUCAUAACUAGAUUUUUUUGAUAAAUGUGUGGUGACAACAUAACUGGAAGUCAUUUACAGAACAAGAUUGGAGUUUCUCUUCAACACAUUAAUAAGGAAAGAGCCAAAGUUGAAUUGAUUUACAUCGCCUUCCAAUGCAUUAGCAACUGUCUCGCUUUCAUCGUUAGUCAACUCGAAGGCCCGUGUCUAUAUCACUAAUACAUAUGUGCAAUCUAGUUCAAUCCUCUUCAUCCUUCGCCAUCUUUGUUCUUUUUUCGGUUUAUAAUUAUCUUGUACUUUUUUUUUCUUUUUUUUACUCGUAGAAAAAAAAGA